UACUUUUGCAAGAGUCAUUGACAGUUUAUCCACACUUUUGUUUCUAGAUUAACUUCUAUUAGGUGCGCCGUUUUUAACCCACACCGUACCUUUCAACCCUUGUUGUACUUCGGGUUUCCACUUCCACCCACUUCUCUGUGUUUCUCAAUCUGUCGGUAGCCUGGAGCUUAUCAUUGACAGGUAAAAGCAAAAAAAAAAGAGAGGAAAAAAAAGAAUAGAGAGGAAGGCAAAACUGACAUAGAGUGUGUGGAAAGUUUGGAUAAUUGAUACUAGAAAGAUACAAUAUGGCUAGUAGUAACGCAUCUACCUCGGAGAUCCGCGAUGGUAUACCCGUGGUGCCCGCUCCAAGCUUCACAUGGAACGAUAAACUUGCACUCCCACAAGUGACUACAAGAGCAACCAUAGCUGGUUUAACCAUUGGAUCGAUUGUACUUGUGUCCAAUUUCCAAUUUGGCCUUCAAACUGGUUGGGUAUCGAUGAUGUCUCUCCCUUCUGCACUCUUGGGAUUUGCCAUUUUCAAGUUUCUUCCUUAUUCACAAGACUUUACCGACGUUGAAAAUGUCUUUGUACAAAGUGUAGCAGUUGCCGUGGGGACUGGUCCAUUGGCGUAUGGAUUAAUUGGGAUCAUUCCAGCCAUUGAAAAAUUUCUCACUGAAGAAGAAAGUGGUCUUAGUCGGAAACUUGUAUUUUCCAUGUCAGAUCUUAUGAUUUGGUCCUUGGGGUUAGCAUUAUUUGGAGUAUUUUUCGCAGUUCCGUUACGGAGACAAGUCAUUGUCAAGGAAAAGUUGCCCUUCCCCUCCGGUAGUGCCACCGCCACCUUAAUCUCAGUGUUACACGGUAGCGAAUUGAAUAGUGAGGUUGCAUCUACUAGUGGAGUUGCAGAACCAAUUCAAUUAGAAGAUGAAGAGAAUUCCUUACAUAACGGGAAUUAUACAAAUUCAAUUCAAUCUGAAGCUGAAUUUAAACUGCUUACAGAAUCGAAAAAUUAUGAUAAAAACAUCUCAUCAUUAUUAUAUACAUUUGCAUUGUCGUCUGCCUAUACAUUGAUAUCCUUUUUCUUCCCAGUGUUGAAGAAUUUGCCAGUGUUUGGUACACAUCUUUCACAAGAUUACAAGUGGAAUUUCCAACCUUCUCCUGCCUAUAUCGGUCAAGGUAUAAUCAUGGGAUUGCCCACCGUGUCUUACAUGUUAUUUGGUGCAAUUGCAGGUUGGGGUAUUCUUGCCCCAAUAGCCAAACUGAAAGGUUGGGCCCCAGGUCCUAUGGACGAUUGGGUACAUGGGGGUCAAGGAUGGAUCUUAUGGAUCAGUUUAAGUGUAAUGAUCAGUGACUCAUUGAUCCUGUUUGCCGUCGUUGCAGCUAGAUCUGUAUACGAUGGAGUUAAAAGAAUGAAGCGUGCACAAAGAAUAGAAACUGAAUAUAUCGCUUCUAUGGCAGCAGCAGCUGAUGCUGCCGCUGAGGGAGAACGCGAAAGUCUCUUGAACAAUGGAUAUUCCAAACGAGGCUCUGAAACUUCCUCAUUUUUGGUAGCUGAUGAAGUACCUCUGCAACAUUUAGUAGACUUCAAGAUUACGGUCUUGGGGGUUAUUUUGCUGUCGAUUCUUUGUGUUAUUUCUGUAAGAUUGGUGUUUGGUGACCUUAUCCCAUACUAUGCUACAGUAGUUGCCAUCAUCUUAGCGCUUUUCUUUUCCAUUCUUGGAGUUAGGGCUCUUGGAGAAACAGAUUUAAAUCCUGUCAGUGGAAUUGGUAAACUUUCUCAAUUGAUCUUUGCAGUUGUUAUACCGAACAACCAUCCAUCCAAGAUUUUAAUCAAUUUGGUUGCUGGAGGUAUCGCUGAAGCAGGAGCACAACAAGCAGGAGAUUUGAUGCAAGACUUGAAAACAGGUCACUUGAUAGGUGCCUCACCCAAGGCUCAAUUCAUUGCCCAACUCAUUGGUACCCUUUGGUCCGUUGUUUUGAGUAGUGUCAUGUACAAGGUCUACAAUGCCGUAUAUGAGAUUCCUAGUCAAAUGUUUAGAAUCCCUACUGCUAUCAUUUGGAUUGAUUGUUCAAGAUUGGUCACUGGCGAAGGUUUACCUCCUAUGGCGUUUGAAUUUCUGAUUAUCUUCGGUGUUGUGUUUGGAAUUAUAUCAUUAUUGAAGAAUGUGGUACCCAAGACUAGUCAAUAUCACAAAUAUUUAAUUUAUUUGCCUAAUGGAGUGGCAGUUGGUAUUGGUAUUUACAAUACUCCAAACUUUACCCUUGCAAGAUUCUUGGGCGGUGCGCUUUCGUACUGGUGGAUUAAUAGACAGGGUGCUAAGGGAUCUGAUAGUAAGAUCAGUAUGAUUAUUUUCAGUAGUGGACUCGUAUUAGGAGAAGGAUUGUUGAGUGGAUUUACCAUGUUGUUAACUAGUUUGGGAGUCAAGCAUUAUUAAAAGGGAGUAGAUGAAAUAUUUAAUUAGGAGAUAAGAUAGACGGUGGAACUAUAUGAAUAAUAAUUAUAGAGUUAUAUUCACUGUAACAGGA